CCAUAAAAUGCGCGCACAAGGCAGCUCGUGCACAGUUAAUGUGGUCGGGCUCGUAAAGGGACAACGUUUUGACCUAUCAUCAUCACAUAAAAUUACGAUAUAGAGGCUAAAAUACAGAGGAGCCAGAGUUGUUAUGGUUUUCAUCUGAUCUCUGGUUGCCAGAUAAAAGGAGUUAAAUAUGACCAUAGUACUUCGGUUGCAGGGUCUGAGUAUUGAGGCCGGGACUGAAGACAUACGCAGAUUAUUUACCAAUUUAUACAUCCCAGAAGGUGGUGUAUAUAUUAUAGGAGGACACCUUGGUGAAGUUUUCAUUGUGUUCACUACAGAGAGAGAUGCCCAGCACGCAAUGAGGCGCUCUGGAACUCUUCUUAAAGGGUCUCCGGUGACCCUACAUAUUAGUAGCAUCGCAGAACUGCAACGAAAAAUAGAGUCCAAACUACAGAGGGAGAAGCUCCUUCCAGUGCUGUUACCUGAGAAGAAGCCUUUGCUGCCCCCGGCAGUGCCCUUGCCCGACCCUGCCACAGCCCUACUGAUCGGCCUUGUUGCUGUUAUCAAGGACUGCAGUCUAAUCGGCCAGGAGAGCACAACAAAGCAACAGCAGCACCUGGUCCUGUGCUCAGGGCCGAUAGCCCAGCUGUCGGUCCUGUGCUCAGGGCUGAUAACACAGCUGCCUGGGGGUGAGCUAAGGAGACCAGAAGAGGCUUACAGGCCAAGGCCAGGCUACGUCAGGCUCUUUGGCCUGCCAAAGACUGUCACCAGCCAGGAGAUCUGCCACUUCUUCAAAGGCCUGUUGGUCCAGGAUGUGAUAGCUAAUGUGAAGCUGGGUGUGAGACAGGGCUGCCUUGUAAAGUUUGGGCAUGCCCAGGACGCAUGUGAUGCUCUAAGCUUCAACCACCAGCAACUGGGCCGCAUCAGCGUGGAGGUCCGUGGGGCCUCUGAGGAGAUGUGGAGCUAUGCCAUCCAGCAGUGUCAGAACCCUUCUUAUGACCCCUUGGAAAACCCCUUGUAUAGGCCCACAACCCAGAGAGAAAUACCCUCGUAUACAAUCCAGAGAGAUGGACCCUCAUUAGAAUCCAAGGAAACGCAGCACCAGGAAAGGGCAAGGCCCUCAUACAGAACCCAAAGACAAAGCUUGUAUGAGCCUGACAGAGAAACACACAGGACCUGGGCCAAGAGGCGCUCUGAGGACAGGUCGCUGUCACGGUCACCGAAGAGGCUCAGAUCCUGUGAGUCUCUUUCACCGAGCGUGGGUCAACUGGGUGACACCAUGGCAACCCCAAGACAACACCAGCAGUGUCAGAGCGAGGAGAAACAUCAGAUUGGGAGACCCAGGGUGAGACCGUUUCCCACAGCACAGACGUGUUUAUGUACGAAACCUCCAGUCAGACGUGACGAAAAUGGAAAUAAAAUAUUUUUUCUGCGACCUUCCUCUGACUGACAGUUUAUCUACAUUCUGUGUGAUCAAGAUGGCAAUGGCAUCGGUGAGGCUGUGGCUCAGUUUAAAACGGAGGAUUUUGCCACACAGGCCCAGAAACGACAUGGCAAGACAUAUAUGGGGACCAGAGUGCUACUCACCUGUAUCAGCUUCCAGCAGAUGGAGGACAUCUUGAAAAGGAAUGCGUGAGGAAAGACGACCUACUCAUAUUUACAUUUGUCAUUUAGCAGACGCUCUUAUAGAGCGACUUACAGUAGUGAGUGCAUACAUUUUCAUACUAUUUUCUACUGGUCCCCGUGGGAAAUGAAACCCAAACCUUAGCGAUGCAAGCGUCAUGCUAUACCAACUGAGAAAUAAUGGACAACUGUUGACCAGAGCCACAUGGGGAUCUGGUUGGAAGUAGUGGACUCUAUGGGGAUAGGGUGUCAUCUGAGAUUGUCCCUAAAACUCAUAAAGAUGGCACUUUAGGACUGAGCUGUCACUGGAAUGAGAAUCCUUGAGUUGUAGUGGCUUUGAGAAGUGUUAACCCCAUACCCUCCAGUCAGUCAUCAACAGUAACAUUUGGACAAGUCUAAACUGGAUAUGAGUCAAUAUCUAUUGUUAUUGAAUGAUUCUAACUUUAAUUUCAAGACCUCCCAUGGUAUAGAAACCCUUUAAUAUUUCUAUAAUACCAAUGGCAGUAAAUCAUUCUACACCUAAACUGUUUAAUUAUGCUAGUAUGUCAAUUCACUGCGUUUAUGGUAGAUUUAAGGUCAACUUGAGAGCCAGCAACAUUUCUCACACAGCUGGAGAAGCAUAGAUGACACCACUGGAGUUUAUUUUCAGUUCCCUAUUUUGUUGGAUCAGAUAAAAUGCAACUCAUGGAAUCCCUUGGGUGAUGCAGUUCCAGUUUUACAUCGAAGGAACAACAUCCUCCAUACUGUGCAUUUGGAAAGUACUCUAAAAUGGAUUAAAUACAUUUUGCCCGUCACACACAACCCAUAUGGACAAAGCGAAAAAGUUUUUUUUUAGAAAUGUUUGCAAAUGU